AAUUGGGAGAUCCACCAACCAUCGAACAAAAAAUAAUUAUAAUAACAAUACAAGUACGCGACUCUUGUUGCUUUAUCUGUAGUCCUUUUGGACGCUUCAACUUUAAUUUCAUGGAUGAAUCAUCCUUAUCCUCAUCCUCCAACAAGACAGCUGAAGUCGAUGUUCCCCUCCAUUCCAUAGGGUUUGAAAUUGAUGAAUUAACCCCGCAUAGAGUCACAGGCUACCUUCGAAUUCACAAAACGAUAUGUCAGCCGUUCAAGGUGUUACACGGUGGUGUAUCGGCUUUGGUAGCAGAGUCGUUGGCAAGCAUAGGGGCUCACAUGGCAUCUGGUUUCAGAAGAGUGGCUGGUAUUCACCUUACCAUUAAUCAUUUGAAACCCGCUGAGCUUGGAGAUCUUGUUUUUGCUGAGGCUUUCCCUGUCAAUGUUGGAAAGACUAUUCAGGUUUGGGAGGUUCAACUUUGGAAAAUUCAUCCUGCAAACUCAGAUAUGAAGUCCAUGGUUUCUUCCUCUAGAGUUACCCUUUUAUCCAACAUGCCGGUGCCUCAAAGUUCCAAAGAUGCUGCAGACAAUCUUAAAAAAUUUGCUAAGUUGUAAACCUAACCAUUCUCUUUUUGUCUUCGGAAAAGUAUUAUGAUCUUAUUACUAUUCUGCCAUUACAACUGCAUUUCUUUUUCAUUUCAAUGAAUAAAUUUCAUUAAGAGAAACCAA